AUGUCUGCAACUUCAAAGACUUAUACUCUCAAUACCGGGGCCAAGAUCCCAGCUUUAGGUCUCGGAACAUGGCAAUCUGGUCCUAAUGAGGUCGAGAAGGCGGUUGAGAUUGCUCUCCGAAAAGGAUACCGUCAUAUCGAUACUGCCCUUGCCUAUGGCAACGAGGCUGAGGUUGGUCGAGGAAUCAAAAACUCUGGCGUUCCUCGGGAAGAAAUAUGGCUUACUACCAAGCUUGACAACCCAUGGCACAAGCGGGUGUCUGAGGGAAUCGAUUCUUCCUUGAAGUCUCUUGGUGUUGACUAUGUUGAUCUCUACCUCAUGCACUGGCCGUCCUCCACAGAUCCAGAUGACCUGAAGAAACACUACCCAGACUGGAAUUUCGUCAAGACAUGGGAGGAGAUGCAAAAGAUCCCAUCCAGCAAGGCGAGAAACAUUGGUGUCUCUAAUUUCGGCAUCAAAAACCUUGAGAUUCUCCUCAACGACCCGACUUGCAAGGCAAUACCAGCAGUUAACCAAAUCGAGCUUCACCCAAACAACCCUUCUCCAAAGCUUGUCGCAUAUAACAGUUCCAAAGGCAUUCACAGCACUGGGUACUCUUGCCUCGGGUCCACUGGUUCUCCUCUUUACAAGGAUCCAACCCUCCUGUCUAUGGCUGAAGCCAAGGGCAAAACUCCUCAACAAGUUCUUCUCGCUUGGGGACUUCAAAAGGGCUGGUCGGUCAUUCCCAAGUCAGUUAACAAGGAGAGAAUCGAGAAGAACUUUGAACUCGACGGAUGGGACUUAACUGACGAGGAGGUGAAGAAGUUGGAUGGUCUUAAGGAUCGAUUUAAGGUGUGUGGCGAUGCUUGGUUACCAGUCAAGGUCUUUUUUGGGGAUGACGAGUAA